AAGAAUGGCUGAUUCUAUAUAACAAAAAGGCUGAUGAAUGCCAAAUUAGAAGAUUUUAAUUUGACGAAAAUCUUUCUAUAUCGACCGUACUCAACAACCCUCACCAAUCACUCCAGAUCACCUGAGGUCAUCCUGACCACCCAUGGGGUACAUAACUUCGAGGUCACUCCGACAACCCCCAUGAUUAAUCACCCCAAGUCACCUCCCGCCACCCUCAGGUUCCAGUCACCCCUCAGGGCCACUUUCGGUCACCUCUUGCCACCUCGAGGUCCACAUCCCGGGUCACCUCCUGCCACCCUCAGGUUCCAGUCACCCCCUCAGGGCCACUUUCGGUCACCUCUUGCCAUCCCGAGGUCCACAAUCCCGGGUCACCUAGGCCACCCUAGAGUCACUCCGGCCACGCUCGGGGUCCAUAACCCGGGUCACCUCGACCAUCCCGAGAUCACUCAUGCUACCGCUAGGGUCAACCACUCCUGGUUAGGGCUGCAAAUGAGCCGAGCUGAGCCGAGUUUUACCUCAGCUUGAGCUUGACUCGUUAACAAAUGAGCUGAGCUCGAGCCCGAGCCAUUUAUUAACAAGCUGAGUCGAGUUCGAGCUAGGCUUGUUUACUAAAUUCUUAGAUCGUAUUUAAUACAUUCAUUUUGUAUGCCGUGUAUGGUACAUGUGAUUGAUGUAGCGAUAAAAAAAAUAAUAAAAUGUUCAACAUUAAUUAAUGGGCUAAUACCACUGGAAAUACCAACCUUUAGCGAAAGUGUCAUUUAUAUUACGUAAUUUUCGAUAUGACAAUUGUAUACCAGCCGUUAAGUUUUUCGUUAGUUGUUAACAGAAAAUACAGUCAGCAAUGACAUGGCAGCUGAUGUGGAAAAUUGUAAUAAAAAAUAAAUGUAAAAAAAAACCCAAAAACAUUAAAAAAAAAAUCAAAAGCAAAGAAGGAAAAUGUCUUCUUCAUCUUCCUAUCUCUCUGGAUCUCUCCCCUUCGCCAACCUCUUCUUCCAUGCUCUGUUUUUGGCUGCAGAUUGGGGGAAUGAUUUUUUUUAUGAGAAUUGUGUUAGGACAACCCUAAAUCGAUUAAUCCUCCCACUGUCGAGAAUAGACACCGCCUCCCCUUGUCCUCCAAAUCCGACACGAACCCUAAAACCUUUCCGUUUCAGUUCUCCCAAAUCCUGACCUAGCCACCUUCUUCCCAAUCUUUAAUCCGCCGGCAGUAGUUAAUCGGAAUCGCAGGCUAUUUCUUCUUCCUCUUCCUCGUUCUUAAGCCACCCAAUUGAGCCAUCCCACCAGCCACGCCAUUUUCAUCGGUCCACCAUCGCCGAAUGAGAAGCUCGACUCACCGAGAAGGCUGGUUUUGGGAGAUUGAAGAGGAAGAAAUUCAGAGGCAGGGAAAGGCGUCCUUCUUACAGCAGCGGAAAAAAGAAAGGGUGGGUCAUUCUAAUAGUCUAAUCCUCACAGCGGCUCCCACCGUCUCUCCGUCCUCCACUCCCUUCACUUUGAUUCUCGCCUUCCCUCAAGCGCAGAUCCAAAACACCACAAAAGGGAAUAUGUGGCGGUGACAAGGAGCCGGAGACAGAGGAAGCUCCAAUCUGUUUCAAUUGGAGGGGACCCUCCUAAUUCCUUGAUUUCGGACGAGGAAGCUUAUGUUUCAAAAGCUAUCGUGGGAUAUGAAUUGAGAUUGGGCAAUGAUUUUUUCUGUUUUGUUUAUGGGAUUGAGUGAGAGAGAUAAGGUUGAUCGACGACUGCAGAUCGAGAGAGGUAGAGGCAGAGAGAUGUGAUUGACGCCGACGACGUCUCAGGCCACUCCCCUACCCGAUUGAGUCAUCUCGCUAUCCUGGUCGUUGCCAUCGAUCCACCAUCGCCAAAGGAGAAGCUCGACCCGCAGGAGAAAGCUGGGUAUGAGAGAUUGAAGAAGCAGAAAGCUGAAUUUUGGAGAAAGCUGGGUUUGGGAGGGUUGAAUUAACCUUCCUUGGCACCCGACGACAUCUUCUUCCCCAACAUAAUAAAGCUCGCUUCUUCUUCCUCGCCGGCGGCGGCAGCGGGCUCUCCCCUAGGUGGGUGUGGUCAAGGAAAGGGUGGGUGUGUCAAAGAAAAGUUAAUUUCUAUUCAAUUAUUAAUUAUUAAAUAAUUAAUUUAAAUGUUAAAUAAUUAAUUUUUUAUUAAUUUCCAACAUGGCAUCUAUGUGUCGCCUACGUGACAACACACAGGCGCCACUUCAUCAAUGGUCAGAUAAAGGUUGACCACCGUUAGGUCAACCGUUAGAUCUAACGGUCAACAGAAAUUCACGUAACACAGAUGACACAAACCCCUAAUACGUUGGAAUAUUUUUGUGUUUAUUGAAAAUACGUAAUAUAAAUGACACUUUCGCUAAAGGAUGGUAUUUCCAGUGGUAUUAUCUUAUAUUAUAAUUUUUAGGUGUUAUAUUGUUUAGUUAAUAAAUUUUAACUAGUUCA